AUGAAUAGAUUAGAAGAAGCAUUAUAAAAUUAUGAUUUAGCUAUAUAGAAAAAUUCUGAAGAUUCAAACUACUAUAAAAAUAAAGCUGAUACUUUAGAUAAAAUGAAUAGAUUAGAAGAAGCCUUAUAAAAUUAUGAUAUAGCAAUAGAUAAAAACCCUGAAGAUUCAAGAUACUUUAAUAACAAAGCUUUGACUUUAGAUAAAAUGAAUAGAUUGGAAGAAGCAUUAUAAAAUUAUGACUUAGCUAUAUAGAAAAAUUCUGAAGAUUCAAACUACUAUAAAAAUAAAGCUGACACCUUAGAUAAAAUGAAUAGAUUAGAAGAAGCCUUAUAAAAUUAUGAUAUAGCAAUAGAUAAAAACCCUGAAGAUUCAAGAUACUUUAAUAACAAAGCUUUGACUUUAGAUAAAAUGAAGAGAUUUGAAGAAGCAUUAUAAAAUUAUGAGUUAGCUAUAUAGAAAAAUCCUGAAGAUUCAGACUACUAUAAUAAUAAAGCUGAUAUUUUAGAUAAAAUGAAUAGAUUGGAAGAAGCCUUAUAAAAUUAUGAUAUAGCUAUAGAUAUAUAUCCUGAAGGUUCAAACUAUUUUCAUAACAAAGCUUUGACUUUAGAUAAAAUGAAUAGAUUGGAAGAAGCAUUAUAAAGUUAUGAGUUAGCUAUACAAAAAAAUCCUGAAGAUUCAAACUAUUAUAAAAGUAAAGCUGAUACUUUAGAUAAAAUGAAUAGAUUGGAAGAAGCAUUAUAGAAUUAUGAGUUAGCUAUAGAGAAAAAUCCUUAAGAAUCAAAUUAUUUUUAUUGUAAAGCUUUGACUUUAGAUAAAAUGAAAAGAUUUGAAGAAGCAUUAGAAAAUUAUGAUUUAGCUAUAUAGAAUAAUCCUGAAGAUUCAGACUUUUAUAAAAAUAAGGCUGAUACUUUAAAUAAUAUGAAUAGAUCAGAGGAAGCUUUAGAAUAUUAAGAUACAGCUAUUUAGAUAAACCCUCUAAGCGCAGAACUUUAUAAUGACAAAGCUAAUACUUUAGAUAAAUUGAACAGAUUUGAUGAAGCUUUGAAAUAUUAUGAUUUAGCAAUUUAGAAAGAGUAUGAAGAGUCAAUAUAUUAUAAUAAUAAAGGUAAACUUACACUAUCGAACAAAAUAGCUUUAGUUUUAAAUAAAAUGAAUAGAUUUGAAGAAGCUUUAGAAUAUUAGGAUACAGCUAUUCAGAAAAACCCUGAAAAAGCAUACUUCUUUCAAUGCAAAGCAUAAACUUUAGUUAAUUUGAAUAGAUUUGAUGAAGCUAUAGAAUAUUAUGAUUAGACUAUUUAGAGAAAUCCUUUAAAUGCGGCAAAUUAUAAUCGCAAAGCUAAUACUUUAUAUAAAUUGAAUAGAUUUGAAGAAGCUUUGAAAUAUUAUGAUUUAGCAAUUUAGAAAGAUUCUGAAGAGUAAAAUUUAUACUAUCGAGAAAAAAUAGCUUUGGUUUUAGAUAAAUUGAAUAGAUUUGAUGAAGCGUUCUAGUAUUAUGGUCUAGCAAAUCAAAAAAAAUAAACUCUAAAGUUUAAUUGAAUACUUUUAUUUACAUAAAAU